AUGGACCUCUUCGAAGAUAACAUCUUCAAAAACGACCCUUUAUACAUGAAAAACCUCAUAGGAAAAUCAGUGAAAAUAACCACAACUGAAGAAACAUCCUUUGAGGGUAUAGUCUACGUAAUAGACCCUAUUUACAAGACCAUAGUGCUUCACACUAAGGAAACCGGCCCUAAUAAACAUAAUACAGUAUUUAUACUCCAUCACGCUAUCAAAUCUCUGGAAAUUUUAUCUGAGGAAGUGAAAAAUGGAUAUUUAGAAGAGAAAAUGGACACUCACAGCAGCAGUGAUAUGGUGCAAGAAAAACUGAGAUUGAAAAAAUGGCUACAAAAUAUGCGUAUUAAUGUAGACGAAAUAGGUGAUUAUUUAAAGAUCGACGAUCAUCUAAUAAUCAUGCCGCCCUAUGGUUUGGAUAAUUGUAUUUGUAAUAAUACUAUUGUAUUGGAAAAAAUUAGGAAUAUUAUUGGGUUAAUGCCUAAAGAAUUUAAUUAA